AUGGCCCUCGUACAGUCGUCUGGCCCGCCUUUUGUACCUCCUCCCGCCGAUCUCACUUUGCCAGAAGUGUUCCUUGACCGCAAGCUGAAACACUCCACAACAACACAGGAGUAUCCACAGAUACCCACAUUAAUUGACGCUGAAAGUGGACGAACCGUAUUCCUUUCUGAACUUCGUAAUCGUACAGAUUGUUUGGCCAGAUCCUUUGCAAAGCAAUUUGGUUUAGUCAGUCUGCUUGCUGCGAACCAUACAGACUAUCCUGUAUGUAUAUGGGCGGCUCAUAGGCUGGGUGCGAUCGUCGCCCCAACAAGUCCUGGCCUCACGACCGGUUAUCAAUUCGAGGUUACUAAGCCGUCGAUCAUCAUUGCCGAUGCAGAAAAUGUCUCUAUCGCAGCCCAGGCCGCGAAGCGCCACAACAUCUCCAGGAGUCGCAUCAUCGUACUAGGAGGCGAUCCUACUGGGGAAGCCACAGCAUACGAGUCGGUGAACGUGCUUAUCAAUCACGGGCGACACCUUCCCAACAUUCAUACGUUUCGUCUCGAGCCUGGAGCUGGAUCAUCUAAGGUGGCGUUUCUUUGCUUCUCUUCAGGAACAACCGGAAAACCAAAGGCAGUGUCUAUCUCUCACCAAACCGCGAUAUGUAACGUCCUCCAACUAGCUACCUUUGAUGGAUUAAAUAUGAACUUGCCUGGAGUGGAGCCACGAUAUAGGCCAGGAGAUGUUUGCACUGGAGGUAUUGUACAUGAAGAUAUUUAUGGUCUUGCAAUGAAUUUACAUUUUAUUCUAUACUGCCAGAUGACUCUUGUCAUUACGCGUAAAUUUGACUUCCUGAAAUUUCUAGAAGGGAUUAAAAAAUACAGAAUCACCCAUCUUAUGAUCGUUCCACCUCAGGUCAUUCUUCUUUGCAAGCACCCCGCAGCUCUGAAAGCCGAUUUAUCCGGCAUCCGAUAUUGCAUGGUAGCGGCUGCUCCUCUCACAAUCGAGCUUACUCAACACCUUAUCAAGAAACUGCCAAAUGCUUGUCUUGGGCAAGGGUACGGUAUGACAGAAAUGUGCGGUGCAGUCAGCAUGUGGCCUCUCUCCCAAAGAAUAGGGACUGUCGGCAGCGGAGGCCAGCUUAUAUCUGGCACUACCGCUAAAGUGGUCAAGUCUGAUGGAUCUAUUGCUGCAAUUGGCGAGUCUGGGGAGCUCUGGGUUAAAGGCAAUCAAAUAACGCUCGGAUAUUACAAGAAUGAGGCAUCUACGCGUGAAGCAUUCCAGAAUGGAUGGUAUAAAACCGGAGACGAGGUAAAGAUUGAUUCCAACGGUGAUCUAUUUAUCAUCGACCGCAUUAAGGAAAUGAUUAAAGUCAAAGGGUUCCAAGUCGCACCUGCAGAGCUCGAAGGCCAUCUCAUUGACCACCCAAGCAUCGCAGAAGUCGGCGUCAUAGGAGUUCCAGACGAAUAUGCUGGAGAGCUUCCUCUAGCGUUCAUUGUACUGCGUCAGCAAGCUGCCGAGGAGAUAAAAAAUAACCCAGCUGCAGCAUCCUCGCUUAAAGCAGAUAUAUACAAAUUUGUGAAGAAUGCGAAGUCUCGUUAUAAAUGGCUCGACGGAGGUAUUGAAUUUGUUGAUUCAAUUCCUAAGAGUCCUAGUGGCAAGAUUCUAAGGCGCAUUCUUCGCGAUAGUAUUGUAAACAAGACUCGAACGCCACACGUAAAACCAAAGUUGUGA